GACCGAGGACAAAAACAAUCGGGAUCCCUCUGUCAGUUAAACACAAACAAGAGGAUCCGCACGAAUUUACGUAUCUUUUUUUUUUACACCGACACGGUCAGCACCAAAGGAGAAAUGGUUUCUCCAGUAACAGUGGUUAAGAGUGAGGGUCCUAAACUGGUGCCAUUCUUCAAGGCAACCUGUGUAUACUUCGUCCUGUGGCUGCCCACCUCCAGCCCGUCCUGGUUCAGCGCUCUAAUCAAAUGCCUGCCCAUCUUCUGCCUGUGGGUCUUUUUACUGGCUCACGGCUUCAGCUUCCUUGGUGCUCGUGCCAGUGCCCGUAAGAUCUUGGCCGGUCUCAUCUUUUCAGCUCUGGGUGAUGCUUUUCUCAUCUGGCAGGAGCAGGGUUACUUUGUCCACGGCCUCCUGAUGUUUGCCAUCACCCACAUCCUUUAUUCAUCUGCCUUUGGGAUGAAGCCCCUAAAUGUUCGUGCUGGCCUGGUGAUCGCUGCUGCGUCUGCCCUGAGCUACAUCAUGCUCUACCCUUACCUGUCUGGCCCCUUCACCUACCUGGUGGCUGUUUACAUCGCUCUGAUUGGCUUCAUGGGAUGGAGGGCCAUCGCAGGCUUGCAGCUUGCCAACGAUCUGUGGACCUGGACCAAGCUGUCUGCCUGCCUGGGCUCUGUGCUCUUCAUAGUCUCUGACCUCACCAUUGCUGUCAACAAGUUCUGCUUCCCUGUGCCCCAUUCGCGAGCCAUCAUCAUGGCAACCUACUACGCCGCCCAGAUGCUCAUAGCGCUGUCGGCUGUUGAGUGCCAAGACGUGGAGGUGUCCAGGAAGAGAAUAUGAGGUAAACCUGUCUCCAAAGCGCACGAGGCUGUGGAGGUGGCUCCAACUUCGGCCCUGAGUGAUCAUGGAAAGAUGUCACCAUCCGAUCCCCAACCCUCAGUCUUCAUCUCUGUGUGGCCCUCACACACCAUUGUUACUAUGACGACUGAUCCACAGCAUGACUAUCACUCUACUGUCCCACUAGUAUGGUAGUCUCACAUGUAUCUUCUCAUGAAGAUGCUGUAGUAUUAUUGUCAGCUUCCUGACAGCAGUCGUACCUGACUCCUCAAAACCUAGAAACGCUUUCUCUCUUCGUUACUAUGGAGACAAGCGUAGAAACAUUAACCUUCUAUAUAGAUUAUUGCUUUACUUUUAACCACUUUGAUUUAAGGGGAGCAUGUCACUGGAAACCUUCAAGGAGUGUCUGUGGGAAAGCAGUGUGUGUGUGUGUGUGUGUGUGUAUUGAUAACACUCUUACCUCGCUUUCCACGUACUCCCUUAACACAGUCACGACUCCCAGCACAGAUCUCCACUUUGAGUGGUCCAAAAACCCACUUAAAUGAUUCAUAUUUGUCUUUUUGUUUGUUUCUGUUUUGUUGCCAGCAACCUUGUUCAAAAGGGAUUUUUUAAAACCACCUAGGCCAUGUUUUUUCUUCUCUGUUGCCGUGUUCCCCUGCAUUAAGGGUGCUAUUCUUAAAUGAGCAUAUCUACACUUCUUAUUUUCUGAAGUCUCUUCUAUUUCACUUGCAAGAACCACACUGCCUUUGUUCACUUUUCUACUUACAUUCCCACUCAUUUGCUCUUGAUGAAUUGAUUUUUUUCCAAUUAAGAUUUUCCUAAAUAACAAGGUGUACAGAAGAUGUAGAAAAAGUACGACAGAGACAAAACCUAAGUGAUAAAAAGGCAAAGAGUGAGAGUUGUGUGACUUUAAAAGCUGUGAGAUUUGUAUUUUUACUGAUUGAAUGCUAAUAUUAGGAGGCAUAGAAGUUAUCUUUGCAAGCCUGAUCUUUCCUUUUGAGAUCUUAUUGAUGUACUGUAAAUAUCGAACAGAGAUCACAGGACACCGCAGCAGCAGACUACUGCACACACUAGAGCAGGGCUACUCAGUUCGGUCGUACGAGGGCCACAGUCCUGCAGGUUUUCACUGUGGCCCUGCUCCAACACAACAGACUCAAGAACCUCUGCGACUGAGAUCCUUGUAGGACUGAAUUGAGUAGCCCUGUGCUAUAGCAUGCUGUUCUCUGUACCUGCAUCUCAUUUUGGUAUGAAGUCUGCCAGGAGUUUGCUCCGCCUGCCAGCAGUUUUCUUAGGAACGUGGGUGCAAAUGUCAAUGUGCACACAUACUUGACACCUACAGCUCCUGCUGGUUUAGUUAUUAGGAAAAGUUCACAGGGAUCUUAUUGCUGGGAUAGAUCAGCUGACUCAGAGCUAUGUUACUGGACGAUCAGCUGUAUGUGUGUCUGCCUUUGCCUCAGUAGAUGUUCACUCUCAUAAGGACACAAGCAUCCACAGUUAUACACAUUUCAACAAAAAAGGAGCCUGGCUAGAAGGGGGAAAAAAGGAAGACAAAAGAAGUGGCCCAUCAUGUGAGGAAACAGUUAUCCCAUUAUUCUCAAUAAUUCCCUCUCACUGGACACUUCAUCAGCUUUAAUCCUGCAAAAUCCACUGCAGCUAUUCUGAUACUUUCAUCUUUCAUCUCUCAGAUAUUUCCCUUUCCUUCUUACUUUUAAUCUGUUUCACCGUCUGCAAAGGUUCAUUUUAAAACUAACCGUCUUACUGAACACACAACUCUUUUUCAGCCGUCUGCAUUGAUGCAUGUUUGCGAACGUGUGCAUUGCAUUUGUCUUAAACGUUAACAUCUGUGUGUGUUUGUGACAAAUUAGAGCCAGUUCAAGGCCAGAAAUGCUGUGAACCAACACAGUUUAGAAUUGAAUAUUUCAAUGCAUUCUCACAAGCCUCUUAAACCUCUCCUCAUACCCAUGUCCUCUGUAGAACUUUGUUAUGUAAGUCGCACAAAUUGUCAGUUAAAGUUAGUUUUGCUUGGGCAGAUCUGUUUGGUGGGAUUCUUGACUUUACCAUUUCCACUUUACCACUGGUGGAAAUGCUUCAUCUUAAUAUGUAUGUCGGUGGGGUUAUAUUGUAUUUAUUAAUGCUAACAAUUUAUAUUAAAGAAAGAAAAUCAGAUUUAAUGUGGAUACUAAUUUUGGAGUUAAAAGUAUUAAUUACUAUCAAAGAAAGCAAAGGAAUAGAUGUUUUUUAAUCCAGAGACACUCAUAUAAUAUAUGUCUUAUUACAUAUGAACUCAACCAACCCUUCUAAUAAUAAAGAAAAAAAAACUUCAUGCAUCAAGUUCACAAGAUUUAGUAAAAUCCUAACGCUCCAAUCUAAAAGCUGUUGUUGACUUUAGAGCUAAUUCAUAUAAUUAAUUUCUUUCUAAGCCCCCACUGAUUAUUUGUCUGACUGGAUCAGGAAUUGAGUACUUAGAGAUUAUUGAGCUAUAAUUUGACUAUACAGAAUCACAUUUAAUUGUGAAAAUCUAAAUACAUAAAAUAAUUUAUUUUCUUUUAUGUAAUUACUGUAAAACAUUCAACACAUUCUACAAAUUGUUUUCAGGGUUUUUUUUUGCAUUUUUUUACAAACAUUUCAAGCCAGUGCAGCAAUAAAUAAGUAAUCAGUGAGGCUUAGAACGAAUUGAAGUCAUUUAUAGAAUAGAGCUUUUGGAUUUUAUGAAGUCCAGUGGAAUAACUAGUUAUAUAUGACUUCUUUCAGGAGUAUUUACUUAUAAUGAACAGGGAGGGUUUGGAAAGUUGGCACAGAAUGACCCAUAUGCAUGCUGUUUAGGCAAUAAACAGUCAUGAAAAAGUUUUCUCCAUCUUCUGGGUUAGUUAGUGACCCACAGAGCUGUCAGUAACAUUAAGAAACACAAGUAUACACAUACAUCAAAAUGUGUGUGUCAUGUCAGUCACCAUGACAGAUCUGCAGGCGGACCAUGGUGUUGACACGAGUUUUUUUUUUUAAACAUCAGCACUACUUUGCUUUGACCAAGAAAGACACUCAGCCCAUGUGGCUGUUCUUGACCACUGCUUUACCAGAUCUCAGUCUCCUUUUGCCCUGUCUGUGCACUUGUCAGCACAAUAUUUCUGCUUUGUCAGUCGGAAGAGUUUCAUCACUGUCUGCAUAACCACUUGUUCUCUGUUCUAUGGUUUAAUUUAUCCUCCCAGCAUUUUUCAGUUCUCUCCCCUCUUCUCGUCUCAUCCACCCUAAAGCAGCGCUCGGUAUACCCUCCACAAGUAUACACCUUUGUGUGUUGAAAGCCGUCCACAGAGGUGUGCUGUAGAACAAUGCACUUGCCUGCUCACUCUGACUUAAACCAGGGUUUAGUGGAGUAGAGAUAAAGAAGAUGGAUAACACAACUGACUCUUGUAUGCAGCUUCAAGUAAAACCUUGAGGGGAUGGCGAUAUUAAAUCAAGCAGUCUUACUCAUCCUGACUUGGUGGGGAAUUUAUGUAAGCACCUUUUUCUUUGUACUGUGCCAGAAAAAGCCUCCUGACUUUUCUUCCCUUUGUUCCAAUGGUUCCACAUGGGAGACAUGUUUUACUUAGAAGUAUUUUUUAGGUGUUCUUUUGGUCAACCCACACGCAGAAAAAGUAUAUAGGUGAUUGAGGAGUGGCUACCUUUAAAGGAAGAAAGCCUGUUAAGUGUUGGGGUGGUCAUGUAUGCCUACAAAGAGAAAAUAUUUUACAUUAACUUUGUAUUAUUGAUCCAAAUUUCUUCUUUUAUUUAAUCAGAGCACUUGUGACCAAAGCUUAAAGCAAAAUAGACUCAUUCACCUAACACUACCUUCUUUAGCCUUUCUUUUUCUUGAGAAGGAAGUUGUUGAACAAUAUUGUGGAUGGAAUUAGGUUAGCAGGUGAAAUAUGACACACAGGGGGAAGACUCACUUUCCAUUCAGCAGGUUAGCUACCAUCCCGUUCCCCCACAGAUGGUAGACCAGCAGGCGCAUCACUUUACCUCAGCCUGUCAACAGCCCCGUUGUCCUUAGCUUUGUGCAAGCAGACAAAAGGGACCUUGGGGAGCUCUGGGAGGCCGGUAUGGUUCGGCCCCCGCAGCAUGAAACUAGCUGGAACCAGUAGCUGUUAUAUCAGAGAGGGUCUGUGGUUUCACUUGGUCCUCUAAAUAACUUGGCACUUUCUUUUGAUUUUUUUCUCUCUAUAUCUUUUAGGUGUGUGUGUGUUUUUUUUCUUGUGAUCAUUGAUUUGAAACCCUUGCUGUUAGCGUGCUAUGCUCAUGAUGAUCAGCAGGUGACAUUCAAAACAUAAAGCUGUUAAGUUUGUAUGUCUUUACUCUUGCAUAUAGGUUGAAAAAAACCUCUCAUUGUCAACAUUUUACCACCAUACACCCUGGUGUUUUAUUACAGUAGUAUUAUAGUUGAUGGCCCUCUAGCAUCAGUAUGAGCUUAAGGGAAGUAUGUAAAUUUAUCAUCUUCUCUCUGUAUUUAAUCUCAACCUACUGUGUGAAGCACUUUUCUGUUCCCAGGGUAAGGCCAGUCAGUGUCUCUUUAUAACUGCUUAAAACAAAAGAUUGUUAUUUACUGUAUCCUCUGAAGUAUAUGCUAUAUCUUUCCCUUUUUUUUCUUUAGGAGAAAACAAAUGAUGCUGUUUUUAAAGUGACAAAUCAUGUGAGAAAAUCAGAAUUUUUCUUAAAAAGGGAUUCAUUUCUUUUGAAGUGUUAAUCUUUCUGUAUUAAUCUUAAUUACAGUGUUAUCCUUUCAUUUCCUAAAAAGGAAAACUCAAAAUAUUACUUUAUCCUUAAAUCAUGGGAAAUGCCAACAUUAUUUCCCACAAAUAACUUGAUUCUUGUUGUCAAAGGCCCAUGGAAAUGCAUCAUUUAACUUGCUUUUAUGAGAAUGUCCUCUUUUUUUUAAAUUUUAUAAUACGCUUUACCUUGUUUUGAUUUUCUCUUUGUGGUUUAUUUCUUUCAUGACUGUAGAGAUGACAUAGUAUAUUUGCUGUAGUGAAACUGCUAUGAAUGUGAAUAUCUAUCAGAGAAAUAAAUGCAGUUACAAUGCAACUU